UGAAAGUAGUUCCUGUAGCUUAUUUGUUUGCAAAAGUGUGCAGAUUAUUAAGUAUUAAUCUUGGUAACGUGCUCGCUUCAAGUGCGUGGGUCAUAGUUUGAUAGCGACCGGCAGCCGGGUAAAACCAGAUUGACAUUUGCUGCUUGUCCUGUAACCACGCGGUCUUUAUAGGUAGAGCAAGACUGUCAGUUCUCGGAGUCAUUACUAUGUUUUUGGGUGGAAUUGCAUUUUUUCAUGAUGACUGUUUAACCUGAUCUUGCAAAUCCAGCUAAGAAAUUUGGUCUAGUACUAAGAAAAGUGCGAAUUAGCCAUUGACACACUUGCAGUAUGGCCCUGGUUCAGGAAAACAAUAUCGAUUCAUCAGACGAUGAGAGUCACAUAGAUAACAAAAGUAAGAACUUAGUUUUCAGUGACUUCCUCUUAAGCAGAAUUGCAGAUCACCUACUAGAUGAUUGGGUUCCAGUAUUAAUUCAGCUAGGUUUGCAGUACAGCUCUGUAAAAAAGAUUGAAAAAGCUUAUCCAAAUGAGUUGUAUAGGCAAUCCCUAGAGGGUUUAAUGCAAUGGCGUAAGUCUAUUUCACGAAAUGAUGUCGGAAUUCCUAAUGCAACUAAUGAACUGUUGUCAGCAUUGGAAGAAAAAGGAAGAAAAGACAUGGUAGAUUUGGUUGCAGAAUUCAAAGAAAAUAUUGAAAACCAAAAUCCACGUAAAAGAUGUUUAACAACAUAUGAAAGUCAUAGUUGCAAAAGGAAAACUUUAAGCCUAAAAAGCGGAAAUGAUGUAUAUCAAGCUGUAGAGGAAAUGGAAUAUGAGUAUACUUUGAAUUUGAAUGGAGAUGGUGAAACUCCUUCACAUAGUACAGUACAUUAUCAAUUACAUCAAGAAGGGAAAGGUUUUAAAACAACAGAACAAGUUUAUACAAACCAGAAAUUGAACAACGAAAUUCUCACAGUGCUUGUUGAUCACAAAUCACCCAUAAUCCCAUUUGGACGGAAUGCAAGGAAACCUCGAAUAGCAUUGUUAUUGUCAACAGGCUCAGAAUACAUAAAAGCUUCUGCUUUUGGCGAUCAUGCAGACUUUAUUGACAAGAAUAUGGAAAAUGAUAUGGUUUAUAGAAUUUCCGGCUAUCAAUUAAAGACAAGCGACUAUUCCAAUAAUUUAGAAUUAACCCUAUAUCAAACGACAAAAAUCGAAGUAGUUUCGAGAGCCGAAAUUCCAAAACAAGUGAAAAGAAAUUUCCGAAUAGAUGACAUAAAGCAAAAACGAUAUGUCAGAAAACUCAGAACUAUAGGUCCGGUUGUUGUAACUUCGGUUGGACCCACAAGGCGACCAUGGAACAAUUAUUUAAAAGAAGUCAUGUUGAAGGACCAUAACGGAAGAAUAAUAAUGAAUAUGUGGAGGUCUGAUAACAAAAUUCCCUUCGCAUAUAGACGAGGCGAUGUUCUGGUUCUUCAAAACGUUGAAGUUGGUAUGUUUAAAUCUUACAGUGGAAUUGUAUAUCAUUUAACUGGUGGAGAUGUGGUCAAGUUUAUACAGAUACCUGGGUAUGAUAUGCAAGACCUUUUGCACGACGAGGACGAACACUUCUUAACACCAAUAACAAUGAAAGUGAACGAUCUAAAAGAUAUGAAAGAAUAUAAACAUCUUGUUUACAUAAAUUUUGUAAAAAUUGAAGUUUUUGUUAAGGAUAGUAAUACACAGAAAAUUUUCAAGCACUGCGAUGUUGUUGAGACCCAUGGUAGUCUUAGUGAAAAAGAGGGAAGAUGGUUUUGUGACGAAUGCGAAGAAUACACCGAUGGUGAAAAUAAAGCAAAAUUAACUGCAGAGGUGGUUGAUGCUCAUGACCAUUCCAAAAAUAGUUUAUGGGUUAACCUGUACGACAAGUCUGUGCAAACAGUACUAGGAGACAGUUACACAGCUUUCAUUCAAACAGAAAACGAAAAAAAGAGAGCGUCGAUAUUAAAGAAAUGUGAAUUAAAGAAUAGAGUUUAUCGUUUGGAAUUGAAAUAUGAUCCGAAAUACAGUACACAAUCUGUUAAAAAACUUACAGUUAUUUGAAAAUAGAUAGACAUUGUCGUAUCAAAGGUGUUAAAAGUUGUAUUUAUAAGUUUAAAAUCUAAAUAAUUUUUUUUCUUCUUCAUAGAACGUGUAUGUAAAAGAUACUUUCAAAAUUGACGUGCAUGUUUUACUAUCAUAUUAUCUUUAGUUUUUAAUAAAGCUGUACAUAUGUGCUA